CCUCCAUUCCAGUGGCAAAUACGCGUAGCCGCACAGCGCGCCCAUCAGCGCGCCCGCAACGGCACCAUUGGUGUCCGCAUCCCCGCCGUGCAUGACGAGCGUUGUCAUCGCCGAGCGGAAUGUGUCCUGCCGCGUCAUCACGCGCCGCAGACACCACAGCGCGGAACCGAGGCAUUUGUACACGUAUCCCAUCGUCCGGUCGCACAGCACCAUGCCGGACAGCGAGGAAGUAGGAUCCGAAGGGUAGUACACGUAUCGGUCAAACUCGGUGCGGUCCAGGGGAUCGACGAAGAUCGCAGAGACGUGGGUCCACGCCCGCUCGAUGAGCUGGUCGAUGUGCUCCAGUGCCGUUAUCUCGCCACGGCAGAGGCCACGGAUGAGUCCGCAAACGAUGGCGACGGAGACAGCGCAGCGAGGAUCGGCAUGGGUGACCUCGCCCAUCCGUAUCGCUGUGGCGAAUGUCUCCGGCUCGGACGCGUUAAUGCAGAUGACGCCAACCGGCGCGGUGCGCAUGAGCGAUCCGUUGGGGGCGACGCUGCGGCCCGACUUUUCCCAGUGCGAGAGCGCUGUGCCCACUGGGUCGGAGAGGAAAGAGGGCGCGUGAACGACGCUUCCGACGGUGC